AUGAACGUGUACGAUAUGUACUGGCUGAAUGACUACGCUUCGCCUAUUGGAUUUGGGAUUUUUCACUCUGGAGUUGAAGUGUAUGGUGUUGGUAUGUUUUUAUACCUUUUUUAGUUUGUUUUUUAGAUGGAAUUAUAGGGUCUGGACUAACUUAAAGCUUUAUAUUACCUAAAAACCAUUUUGGGGUUAACUUUGAUGAGAUUAAUGUCGAUAUUUUUAUGUGAUGGCCAUGUGGAAGGUUUUAACUAAUAUUUUUUGUGUUUUGUAGAGUACGCCUACGGUGGACAUCAAUUUCCAUUCUCGGGCAUUUUUACGAAUCAACCACAAGAUGCUGAAGAGCUAGGAGAAAACUUCAAGUUUCGAGAGAGUAUCGUGGUGGGCGAGACGGAUUUGACUGAAAAAGCGGUCGAAAAGCUGGUAAAGAGCUGGGGAGAAGAAUUUAGAGGUGACAGGUAAGAUUUUCUAUAUAAUUUGUAUUGGUUUUUAGGAGUUUGGCAGAUUUGAGAUCUUUUAUUACCAAAUUUAUAUUGUAAUAGAUAUUUGGUUAAAUUUAAUUGAGAAAAUUUGGUUUCAAUGGGAUAAAAUUUUUAAUUAUCACCCAAAUUUGAAGUCCAAACUUCAAGGAAUAUGAUUUGAACCUAUCUAUGGCAUAACUUUUUAGGUAUCACUUGAUAACAAAGAACUGCAAUCAUUUUACGGCCAACUUUGCCCGAGAAUUGACUGGAAAAGACGCGCCCGGCUGGGUAAACAGGCUAGCAAAUGUGUCGAAUUCGAUUCCGUUUUUGGACAAAAUGCUCCCAAUGGAAUGGCUAACACCUACGGCUCUCGCUGACACUUUGGAUCGGGAAACAAAGGACAAGAAAACAUUGAACUAUCCAGUGGAAAAGGCAGAAGAAGCUAUUUUUGAAUGUGGAAGCCCGAAUUCCAGGAGAAAGAUUUCUAUCGGCAAGUAUAAUAUUUGAAUGUUAUUUUACUAUUGUGAAUUCAGCUUUAUAUGCUUUAUGUUAUUGGUUUUAAUGGUUUGAAGGCCAAAAUCUUCGUCUUUUAUGACAAUUUAAAAAUUUUAUAACCUUCAGAUCAAUCUCCAACGAAUCCAGGCACCAGAAGAUCAUUUUUUGUUCGCCGAGUAUCAGAAAUCACAGGCGGAUCAGCACCAAACACAUCACGGUCUAGUGCAACAACAACAAAUCAAGUAUUUUCUCGCUUCUGGAAUUCGAUCAGGAGUUUGGCAUCAGAUGACAGUCCCACAACGUCCAACGGCUUCAGAUCACCCCCCUAA